AUGCACGUCUUCGCUCUCGUGAUGGUCUUUGGGCGUGAUGCUAAGAGUGAGAGACGUGCUCUGGAUGCACCACAAGUCCGGCGUCUCUUCUCACGCUCUCCUCGAGACCCACGAUAUCACAUGUUGCAACACCUGUCCCCCAAGUUCAGGUUGCCACCUGUAGAGCGUGAACCCCGAGCUGCUCUUAUCCUUAAUCGUUUUACUAGAACAUUGACUAUUAUGUUUGCAACUGAUGCUGUCGCCUCCAUCCUCGGCGUUCCUGCUGAUCAAGUUCAGCAUAAAAGCUUCUACGAAUGCAUUCGAGAGACCUGCUUGGAUGAUGCACUCAAGUGCAUUGAGAGUGCGAAAGCCAACGAUUCGAUUGCUUACUUGCGAUUCUGGUCUCGCGAUCCACGACGGCCCGAAGACUUCGAUGGAGAAGAUAGCAAUGUUGACGAGGAGUCGAUAAUUGAUGGCGUUGGUGGACGAAAUGAGAGCGAGGGGCCCCGUUCCUUUAGAAACGCCACCACCAACAGUCCGUACCCAGACCAGAAUGGAUCUGGAAGCGGCUUGAUGGCUCCGAAUCAGCAACGACGUGCCGAGAGCCGCCGCUCCAGCGAUUCUGAAGGAGGCGGUGUUAAGUUGGAUGGUGCCAUGGAUCUCGAUUCGAACUCCAACUCCAACCGGGGUUCGGCAGGCCCUUCCAUCAAGGUAGAGCCUGAUGUGGACAUGCAGGAUGGCGUCACUUCCAACGACACAUCAGGUGAAUCCCGUACUACGAGCUCCAAUGCUCUGGGCUCUAGCUCACGGGCAACUCGUUACCAGACUCCUCUCACACCGCAGUCGCCGCCACCUCCUGAGGACAACGUGUCCCAGGCACGCAGAUCCCGCAACCGUCCAAUUCGACACUUGGCACCUUCUAUCGAGUUGGAAGCGGUCGUCUCAUGUACCUCUGACGGUCUGGUCGUCAUCCUCCGCCGAGCAAGACCCCAGAUUCCCAGUGUUGAGCCUCCCCAAAUUCCUUCGACCUUCGAACACGGUGUUUUCGCUGCUCCUUGGGCGCAACAACCUGUGUAUCCCCGGUAUCCUCACGAUGCUGUUCACAGUUUUGAAGCUCCAUAUGCCCCGCACCAUAUGCCACUGCGAAGCGGUAUUCAAGCUGCUGGUGGUCCCCCUAUGGAUCAGCUCAUGCAAUCCAUUAGGGAUGUUGCUGUAUUUGCUUGGGCCCUUGUGGGUAUCAACGGAAACAUAGCAUCUUAUGGCCACGGCCAACCGUCAGGAGAGGCUCAACCUCCCGACGGUCUUCCCAUAUGGGACCCUGAAGCGGAAGACGUCCCAUACGAAGGGCCUUACAACCAGGCUGCUCAGCGAUGGGCACAAGAGGCCCAACGACAGCAGCCAUCGUUCCAUCAGCAGGACUCGGUGUCAACUGAGUUUUCAAUGGCGGGAACAGUAGACUACAGUGCGACUGAUCUUGUAUAUCAGAACCAUGCGGCCAAUGGCCAGGGUAAUCCAUGGUAUUCACAACCAUCAGCUCAUCAGCGCAACCAAGAGGCGUUUGCCCAGAACAGCCGUCAACACCAUCAAGACCCUUCCAACAUGACGGCUUCUUCAGUGAACCAACAUCCAAGCCAGUUGAGCGACGGGCAGCAUUGGCCUGGAAACCCUCAAGUUCCCACCAGGGAUCCAAUUGAAAUGGCUUCGCCCUCGAAGCCCCCCCUGCCCGUACCUGAGCUGUACAGUGCUGUGAUUGGCUGCAGUGAAAGGGAAGCUUGGGCCACCUUUCAUCAAGGGGGUCGUUUCCAGAGAGGCGACCGUGGAAGUUUCGCCGUUAUUACCUACCUAGAGAUACAUAGCCACGAUACCGAUUCCAUAGCUGAUUGUUCAAAUCGAGCGAAGCGAGCUUUACAUAUCAUGUCGGCUUCCAGCACUCGAGGGCACUAUGCCAAUCCACCUUUGGAGGAUGAGGACGACCUGAUCGACCCUGAUGAUGCCGAUCUCAACGACUUCGACGACCCUCUUGCGACCAACAACACCCGUCAGCCCUUAACAGGCAACAUUGGCUCCGGCUCAUCAUCGCGACCGUUGAACGAAGGUUAUCUCACCUCGCGGAUCCCCGGAGAAGACCGAAGAGCUCCUCAAAACACAAUUGACGAGUCUGUAUGGGAUACACUGCGCCGCGACCUGCUCGCUGUCUGGGCAAAGCUCAGAGAAGUGCUCUACCCUCGCUAUCUCCUGGGCGGCACUAUGUUUGAUAACGAGGGAGGUCUGCGCGGCGCUUACUCCAGCAUCCGCGGCGCUGGUCUUUCAGGGACAAGGGAAGAACUUACUGGACUGGCUAGCCGUAUGGUUGAUGCUGAGGCUCUGCUCCAGAGCAACAUGACUCCUGGUCUUCGCGACUGGGAUCUCUGGGGCCCUCUGAUCUUCUGCCUUCUUCUAAGUGUUCUCCUGAGCAUCACCGCUCGAUCUGAACAGCGUGAUGCCGUAUUCAGUGGUGUCUUUGCCAUGAUUUGGCUUGGCGAGGCUGUCGUGACGCUACAGAUCAAACUGUUGGGUGGUAACAUCUCCUUCGCUCAGAGCGUCUGCAUCAUCGGAUAUACGCUUUUCCCCCUGGUCCUUGCUGCUAUGAUGUCUGCCCUGGGUCUUCACUGGAUCGCUCGCAUCCCCAUCUAUAUCGUCCUCAUCAGCUGGUCUCUGGCUGCUGGCGUCAGCAUUUUAGGUGGCAGCGGAGUUGUCAAGAACCGAGUAGCCAUUGCAGUGUACCCUCUACUGGUCUUCUACCUCGGUCUUGGCUGUCUGUGCUUUAUCAGCUAA